AUGAGCAAUGAUCAAGAUGCAAAAUCGUCGCAACAACAAAUACGCGGCGGUACCUAUGAAAAUUCAAGAUAUCAGAAUAAUAAUAAUGAACACGGUAGUAAUGAUAAUAACUAUGCCGGUGGAUACAAUCGUGGAGGAGUUCUUCAACAACAACAACAACAACAACAACCUUCUACACAAGUCUAUCGACCUCCUCACUUACAGAAUCGAAUGAAUACGCAAAAUGGUAGUUAUGCUAAUAAUAGCAAUAUGUCUAGUGGCUAUCGAGGAUCAGUCAAUAGGGGUUCAUCACCUUCACAACAAAAUUAUGGUAAUAAUUAUAGUGGUGGUAAUUCUCUUCAUUCUCAUCCUCCUCCACAACAACCCUAUUACGGUCAAACACCACAAAUGUCAUCUCAACAACAACAACAAAUGUAUCAUCAACCUAUGUCAAAUACUUAUCAACAAAUACCACGUCCAAUGAAUACAUCACAACAACUUGAUAAUCGAAAUUAUGGUCAACCUUCACAAAAUCAAAUGCCAGUACAAAAUCGAUCGCUUAAUGAUACAUCACAACUAUCACAGACUCUUAGUCGUCAAGGUUCGAGUGGUAGUGGAGGUGUGCCUGCUGAUCAACAAUCAUCAGCAGGUGGUCGUUGGGAUGCUAUUUUAGCUGAACGACAAAUGACAAAUUCUAAUAGUGGUAAUAGUAACAAUCAAUAUCGUGGAGGAAGUGGUUCUUCUAAUAAUUAUAAUAAUCGAAAUACUCGUGAUAAUAGUGGUAAUAGAUACAGUGGGCAACGUGAUAAUAAUUAUGGUCGACGUGACCAUGAUUCUCAUAAACCAUAUCAUUCACAUGUUGGUGGUCAAUCAAGUGAUGCAGCUGGUAAUGAUUGGAGUACACCAUUACCACCUAAUGCUAAUCUUGAAAGAGAAUUAUUUGGUUUGCAAGCUGCUGGUAUUAAUUUUGAACUUUAUAAUGAUAUUCCUGUUGAAUCAUCACAUAUGGAUCAUUCACCUGUUGAUUCAUUUGAAGAUUGUAAUUUUGGUGAAAUUAUUAAAAAUAAUAUCAAUCUAUGUAAUUAUGGUAGACCAACACCUGUACAACGUUAUGCUAUACCUACUAUUUUACUUCGACGUGAUUUAAUGGCCUGUGCUCAGACUGGUUCGGGCAAAACGGCCGCAUUUCUUCUUCCUAUAUUGCAUUUGAUCUUCCAAGAAGGCCCAGUGCGUAAUCCUCAAAAUAAAUCGGGAAAUAAUCGUAAACAAUAUCCACUUUGUCUUGUUUUGGCACCAACACGUGAAUUAGCCUCACAAAUUUAUGAUGAAGCAAGAAAAUUUUCUUAUCGAUCUAUGGUUCGUUCAUGUGUCGUCUAUGGUGGAGCUGAUAUUGGUUUUCAAACACGUGACUUGGAUAAAGGUGCUCAUUUAUUAGUAGCUACACCAGGUCGUCUUAAUGAUUUAAUACAACGUGGUCGUGUUGGGCUGGCCAAUGUUCGGUAUUUGGUACUGGAUGAGGCUGAUCGCAUGCUGGACAUGGGUUUUGAGCCUCAAAUUCGUGAGAUCGUUGAACGGUCAGAUAUGCAAUCUACAGGCCAGCGUUUAACGCUAAUGUUUUCGGCUACUUUUCCAAAACAAAUUCAGGAAUUAGCACGUGAUUUUCUACAUGAGUAUGUAUUUUUGGCGAUUGGUCGAGUGGGUUCUACAUCACAAAAUAUAACACAAAAAAUUGUAUGGGUAGAAGAAGCCGAAAAACGUUCAUUUUUACUUGAUCUACUCAAUAUUCAAUCUGAAACAUUAACCUUAGUAUUUGUCGAGACAAAACGAGGAGCUGAUAUGCUUGAAGAGUUUCUUUGUAAUCAUCAGUAUUCCGUGAACAGUAUUCACGGUGAUCGAUCACAAGCUCAACGUGAAGAAGCACUGAAAUCUUUUAAAAAUGGUCGUACACCUGUUCUCGUAGCAACAAGUGUAGCCGCUCGUGGUCUUGAUAUUCCGAAUGUCAAGCAUGUUAUCAAUUUUGAUUUGCCAUCAGACAUCGACGAAUAUGUUCAUCGUAUUGGCCGAACAGGUCGUGCUGGCAUGUUAGGUCAAGCAACAUCAUUUUUCAACGAAAAAAAUCGUAAUAUCGCUGUUGAUCUACUCGAUAUUCUAAGUGAAUCACAUCAAGAAGUGCCUGAAUGGUUGGAAGGUUUGGCGAAAGAAGCCAAAAAGGAUAAUUAUACUAGACGGAAUUAUGGUGGUGGUCGACGGCCGGGUGGCUUUGGUGCACGUGAUUAUCGUAAUCCAGCACAAUCACGUAAUAAUCGAGGCGGUGGUGGUAGCCGACCGGGCAGUGCAACAGGCGGAUAUAAUAGUCAUCAGCAACAAUGGGAUGGAUCCAAUAGUGGUGCCGGUGGUAAUAUAUGGUCUGGUGAUCAACAAACUGGCAGUACUUAUGAUCGUUUCCAACAACAAUCUGCUGGCGGUAAUGGUAAUAAUCGUCAACAGGAUCCGAGUUGGUGGGACAGUACGUCAUGA